AUGGAAGGAGGUGGAGGAACGCUGUCGGAGAUUCACCAAUCCGCAAAGAAGCUUCUGCUUAGGACUCGAGACGGCCUAGAACGUCUCGAGCGCCUCGAGUACUCUGCCACCGCCGGCACCGGCGCCGACACGGAGCUGUCGUUCGCCGUGAUGAAGGACAUAACUCAAAUCCAAUCCCUCUGCGUCGAGAUGGACCGUCUCUGGCGAUCUGUCGCUGCAAAACCACAACGAGAUCUCUGGAAAAGUCCGGAAUUGAGGCUAUUGAAUUGUGGAAGAAUGAUGAAUUUCAUAUCUCUGUUUCUGAUGGGUCUCUAUAAUGCCAACCUAAUCCGUAGCGUCUCCAUAAUGCCAACCGGAUCUGUACGGAAAAAUGUUGACUUGAUCC